AUGGAGGCACUCUGUCCUCGCUGGAUGGUAUUUUUAUGGACGAUUGUCGGCCUGUUUGUGGGUGUCAGUUUCGGCUCCAACGAGGCUGAAGUAGAACCAAACAGCUCUAGGCCCACUAGCUAUCCACUUCCCACUGCGGCAGGGCCCUCUCUCCGAAACCCAACCCCCGCCUGUGGCCCCGCAGCGCUCUUCGAGUGCAGCGCGGAGGCGCAGAGGGGUCAGCCGCAUCAAUUUCGUGGACAUGAUCGACAACCUCCGUGGGAAAUCUGGACAGGGCUACUACGUGGAGAUGGCUGUGGGCUCACCGCUACAGAAGGUGACUGACUCUCUCUCUCUCUCUCUCUCUCUCUCUCUCUCUCUCUCUCUCUCUCUCUCUCUCUCUCUCUCUCUCUCUCUCUCUCUCUCUCUCUCUGUGUCAUUGAGACGCCCAUUCCAUUGACCCUGAAUGACAUUUUGCGCACCUGUGCCCUAUAUCCUCUGCAUUGUGGCACAUCAAACCUACCCUAUCAAACUUUUGAUUAGUGGAAUCACGUGUUCAGUAGUAGGGCAAAAACACCCAUUUGGGUCCCCAGGACCAGAAUUAAGAAAGACUGGCCUUCAUAAACCUUGGUAACCUGGCUUCUAAAAUGGCAGAUGGUGAAGAAGAAGAAGAAGAACAACAACAAUAAUAAAUGUGUGUGUCUGUGCCUGUGUGCUUGCAUGUGAGAGAAGGAGAGAGAAAGAAGGAGAGAAUGAAGCCUUUAAUUCUGCAGAGAGAAAGAGGGGGGGAGAUAAUUCCCAGUGAGGUGCAGCUAAGCAGCUGCAGGGUACAGACUGGCACACCAGAGGGAUUAAUGUGUGACAGAGCCAACGUUAUGCCCUGCCUAGGACACUCCCAUUAUGCCACUAGGAGGAUAAACCAUCACUGGCUUCCAUCCACUCACAAACAUUUAGAAACAUUGAUACAAAUACAACCAUAGAGAUUGAUCCAGUAUUAAUAACUAUGAAUACAACACACUAAAAGACACAUAACAAAAUAUUUCCCUCAUGUAAUCGAAGGGAAUUCUAUUACUAUAUUGCUUUGUUACAGCAAUACAAACCAAACAAAUUGUCACAUAGGUCUACUGUAUAGACUACUAUAAGACUGUUACAGUAACUUCAAGAUGUUUGAGCAGCAAAUGUAAACCAGGGGCUGUAUGUAUCAAUUAUCACAGAGUAGAAGUACUGAUCUAGGAUCAGGUCCCCCCUGUCCAUGUAAUCGUAUUAAUUGUGAUCUAAAAGGCUCAACGGAUCCUACAUCAGCACUCCUCUGAGACGCUUCAGACAUACCUCAUCUAAAAUAAUAGAUUAGGUUUGCGACAGGGAUUCUAGGCUUCUGCCAGCUAGAGGAAGUGUAGAAGGAAGUGUAGCAGGGUCGUAGCAAGUCCAAAGUGUGUGUGUGUGUGUGUGUGUGUCAGGAUGCAGCUGCGGGCCAGGCGUCUCGGGUGGUGUGUGUGAAGGGAAGCAGGAUGCGGGCAGGACAGAUCAAUUGUGAGACAUCAGCGUAUUCCUCACCAAAAUACACCCGCUACACUACAAUCAGAGAGAGAAAGGAGGAGAGCAGGCCAUGAGGCUGACUGAGGGAGAGUUUAUGCAGGUUAAAGUUAAAUCACUCUUUACAGUACUACCUCAUAAUGCUAAGGUGAUUCUUUAUUUAUUCAAAUCAUAUAACAUGCAAAUGGGUCUACACAGACUGUUAUGCACAAUCUCCCUAGUAACCCUGUUUGAUUUGAGUUUCUCCCACAAUUCAUUGCAAUGUCUCUGUGUUUGCAUGGCUUGGUGUUUUGAUGUGUGUGGAGGGGGUGAAUGUGGUUUGGUGGUAGGGCAGGGGCAUCAUGUCAGCUAAACCUAGGGAAUGGAUGGCAAAGGGACAUUCUCCUCCAAGGAAUGUUUAUCCAAUUGAAGCUCCUUUACUGCAUUUCUACACAAUUUAAAAACUCUAAAAUGCAAUUUGGAGCACAGCAAAAACAAGCAAAAAUGACUCCAGACAUUAUCACCUUGUUGCUGUAGCUUCAUUCACCUCAGUCAAUAGGGGACUUAACAUUCUAGAAAACCAGUGGAGGCUGCUGAGGGGAGGAUGGCUCAUUUUAAUGGCUGGAACUGAGCAAAAGGAAUAAUAUCAAACACCUGGAAACCAUGUGUUUGUUGUAUUUGUUACCAUUCCACGUAUUCCACUGCAGCCAUUACCACGAGCCCGUUCUCCCCAAUUAAGGUACCAACAACCUCCUGUGCUACAAACAUGUCAUACAAGAAUUAGCUGCUAUGCACUAGCUCAGCACCAGGAUUAAAACUCUAGUUUGGUUUCAUGUCAAGUCAAACAGCAGUUACCUAGCCAAAGCCAUCUACUACAGCCAUCUUUACCUCUGCACUGUUUUGAGAAAAGGUUGCGCUGUUCCCUGCAGCUGCGUGAUGUUCUCUCCAUAAAGCCAUUCAUCCAUCCAUACAAACAGCCUUCCCUCCUGCUCCUAGGUGUCUGCAUGGUCCUAAAGUCAGCCCGUAUAGUUCUGCUAAACUGCAUUUGCCUUUUAAUCAGGAUUUUAAUUAUUUUAGAAGCCUAUUUUAAAUUGUUUGUGUUGUAGUGUAUGGCGACUGCCAUAUCCAAUUGACACCCCUGUGAUUAGAUUAGAAGAUGACAUGGAUAUGUUAUGGAACAGCAGGGUGCAUGUGAUGAGUGUGUCUCAAGCGACACGUUUGUGUUGGUGGGAGUGUGUGUGUGUGUGUGCGUGGGCAUUUGUGUGGAGAGUGUGUGUGGGACUGGGUGAGAGACUGAGGCAACAGGCUGGGGAAUCUUCCAUGCACACAGUCCUUGAGGCUCUUGGCUCUGCCACUUCCUGGACUGUGUCCCAAAUGGCACCCUAUUCCCUACAUAGGGAAUAGGGUGCCAGUUGGGGAUGCAUACCUGGAUAUUUCAGGAGCAGAUCUAUUAUUGAUCAGGGUCCUGCUGGUCACCAGAGAGACAACAUGGCUGCCAGUCUGACUCACUGACUGAGCAAAAUGUGAGACUCACACCGGAAGGAGAGGGAAGGAGGGAGACAGAGAGAGAGACAGAGACAGAGAGAGGGCAAUCUGAGAACAGCCUAGGGGUUGGAUGCAGUGGGAAAGGAAAGGAGAAGGACAUUUGGAGCAAAAUAAACCAAUACGUAGCAACUACCAGUAACAUAAUGCCAGGAGGUGAGAGAGAGAGAAAGUGACUCUAAAUGGCUGAAAUGAAGAAGUGUUUUAGCAGCAGCUGCAGGGAAACAUUUUAUGAAUAGGCAUGGCUGUCUCCAGGGUAACAGAGAUCAUGUCCUUAUCAUCAGUGUAUUUCAAUGUAUUCUGUCCUUUAACCCUGGAAGACGCAAGAACGCACACACACACACACCUAAAAACACCACAUAUACCUACUCAAUACCUGUCACAAUAUAUAGGCCUAGCUUUGGAAAAAUGCUGAGUGAAUAUGUAAUAUGGUUUCAUUACAAUAACAACUUUGUUGUGUUUGUGAAUCAGUUGAAUAUCCUGGUGGACACAGGCAGCAGUAACUUUGCAGUGGGGGCAGCUGCUCACCCUUUCCUCCGCAGAUACUACCAUCGCUCACUGUGAGUACCACGGGUUCUUAUUACAAUACACUGAAAGUGCUUGAAAACUUUACUGCUGACAUGCACAAUGCUUUGGGACCAUAUCAACAGUGGACUAAUGCGUAAACUAUCCCUUUAAAUAUUAUAUUAAAUAUGAAUCCCAUUGAACAGUGAAUCUCAGUGGGAUCUCUCCCUUUUAGAUUACCCUGCACAUACUUCCCUUGGUGGACUUAUACAGUAAGCACCUUUUCUCCCCUGCUGUUCAUAGGUCUAACUCCUACCGCGACCUUGGGCGCAGUGUUUACGUACCCUACACCCAGGGCCGCUGGGAGGGCGAGCUGGGCACUGACCUGGUGUCUGUGCCGCACGGCCCCAAUGCCUCGCUCCGUGCCAACAUCGCUGCCAUUACCCAGUCGGACCGCUUCUUCAUCAACGGAUCCAACUGGGAGGGCAUCCUGGGCCUGGCCUACGCCGAGAUCGCCCGGGUGAGAGGGGGGGAGAGAGAGGGAGGGAAAGGGAAAUGGGCUGGGCAGAAAACACAUGGGUGAGAGGGGGGAAGAGGAAGAUGGAGAGGGAGGGAGAGAGGGAAAAGAGAGAGGGCUGAGCAGAGAUUGCCUGGGUGAGGGAGGGGGGGAGGGAGAGAGUGAUCAGCUAGAGGGUCACUGGUGAGGGUAAUGUGGAAAAUGCACAGUGAUGGAUUUGUGGAGAUACAAUGUCAGUUUAGGCUUGUUGUCAACAAGAUGGCUAAAAUUACCACAGAAUUGUUUUAGAUUUUUCAACCCCCUCACUUUAAUAUAGUUAUCCGUUACCCAUCUUUAAAUCCUUUCUAAAUCCUCUAAAUCCCCCAUAUCUGUUUAGCCUGAUGAGACGCUGGAGCCUUUCUUUGACUCGCUGGUGCGGCAGACCCCCGUGCCCAACCUGUUCUCCCUGCAGAUGUGUGGCGCAGGGUUCACCCAGAACUACAGCCUGGGCAGUGCCACCGUGGGUGGCAGCAUGGUGAGAGAGAUAGACAUACAGUCGAUAGGAAAAGGCACAGACACAUUUUCUGUUUGAGGGAAAUACACAGAAGUGGUGUGUUGUGUUAGUGUAACCAAGAGGGUUAUAUAUAGAGAUUGUAUGUGCCAGGCAGGUAGGUCAGUAUUGUUUAGUUAUAAUUUGUAUUGCAAAGGCAAUAUGAAAUGGAAAGUGUGUUGAGAGUUUUGGACCCAGCCUAUGAUACUGUCUGAUUUGCUGUUUUCUUAGAUCAUUGGUGGAGUGGAUUCUUCCCUCUAUGUUGGGGACCUGUGGUACACCCCGAUCCGCCGGGAGUGGUAUUAUGAGGUCAUCAUUGUGCGCAUUGAGGUCAAUGGUCAGGAUCUCAACAUGGACUGCAAGGAGGUGAGAUACUGUAGCUGACGGGUUUGCUGAAGACCCUUUAAUCAACAUUAUCCUCCCUAUUUCAUUCCACUUUCUCUUUAAUAUCCAAAGCGACUUAUAGGCAUGUGUGCGUACAUUUUAAGUAAGGGUGGCCCCUUCUCUUUUUAUAUUUUAUUUGCUCCUGUAUUCUCUUUAGUUAAUCCUGAAUAUCUAUCUAUCACUAAUAAUGGUGUGUCACGUUCGUCUAAGGAGGGAGAGGACCAAGGCGCAGCGUUGAAGGCAAACAUAUUCUUUAUUUAGCGAUAGUGAAUACUAACAAAACAAUAAACGAUAACGUGAUGUCCACGGUCUAGCACAAAACCACACUGGAACAAAAACCCACAAACACAACGGGAAAGACACAGUUUAAAUAUGGCUCCCAAUCAGAGACAACCAGCCCCAGCUGACACUCGUUGCCUCUGAUUGGGAGUCACUCAGGCCAACAUAGAAAUACAAACAUAGAACUACACACCCUGGCUCAACAUAACAGUUUCCCCAGAGCCAGGGCGUGACAUGGUGCAGUAAGUGACAGUGAAUAAAGAAUGACAAUUUGUUUCCUCUCUCUUGGCUUGUGUUUCUAUCAGUACAACUAUGAUAAGAGCAUUGUGGACAGCGGCACCACCAACCUCCGGCUCCCUCGCAAAGUGUUCCAGGCAGCCGUGAAGGCCAUCGAGGCAGCCUCGUCUGUGAGUCCCUCCUCAUACCUUUUCUCAUCUCUCUCUCACUCCCCCUCUCUCUCUGUUGUUUUGUUCCCUCUCUUCUUUGUAGCUGACAGUUUCAGCUAGUGUCAUGUGAAAUCCCCUUUCUCAGGUUUAAUGUCUGUAAUAGUUUCAUAGCUAUCAUCUUUCUCUAGUUUCUGCAAUUGCUAAAUAUUCUUUAUAUCCCUCUCUCCCACGCACACACACACACACACACACACACACACACACACACACACACACACACACACACACACACACACACACACACACAAACCCCAUGUCUUCUUAUCAGACGGAGCAGUUUCCCUCUGGGUUCUGGUUGGGGGAGCAGCUGGUGUGCUGGCAGGCUGGCACCACCCCGUGGCACAUCUUCCCUGUCAUCUCGCUCUACCUAAUGAGUGAGAACCGCAACCAGUCCUUCCGCAUCUCCAUUCUCCCACAGGUAACAGUGUCUGUCUGUGUACUUACCUGUCAUUGAAUACAAUACAUCUUCAUUAUUCAAUUAAUCAAUUCAAUGAUCUAAUGAUGAUCCUAUCUUAAACUCCUUUCACUUUUCAUUCAAUUUAGAUGUGUUGAGAACUACAGAGAGUAUUUGAUGUAUGUUAUUCCAAUCAGAGACUGGACCUUGGAGAUAGUGGUGAUUAAUAUAAUCACUGUUUCAAUGGCAAUGAGAUAGAAGUGGAGAGCAGCUUGUAUUGGGACAGUAGAGGCAGUCAGCGCUGGCCUUGAACCUUCGACUAGCAACAGUUAACAUUGAUAAUUAAUGUUAAGCUUGUAUAAAAUUGUUGAAAGUAGUGAGUAUAUUCCUCACUCAUGCACGGACUGGUUAGUUCAUGCUUACACCAAACCCAAACUGCAUAGACAAGCACAAAAAAGUGUUGUGAGCUUAUUAUCCUAUUGCUGUAUUUCUCCUGGUUUAUACUUACCAUCCAUUGUAGGUGUUCUCUACUGACUGACGUCCGCUGUUUCUUUGUGCCCCCUGCAGCAGUACCUGCGACCCGUGGAGGACGUGGCCUCGGCCCAGGAGGACUGCUAUAAGUUUGCCGUAUCCCAGUCCAGCACGGGCACCGUCAUGGGCGCCGUCAUCAUGGAGGGCUUCUAUGUGGUGUUCGAUCGCCAGAGGAAACGCAUCGGAUUCGCCGUCAGCACCUGCCAUGGUGAGGGGGGGCGGAGGGAGUAUGAGAAGGAGGGAGAGGGGGAGAUGGUAUAUAUAUACACUACCAGUCAAAAGUUUGGACACACCUACUCAUUCAAGGGUUUUUCUUUAUUUUUACUAUUUUUUACAUUGUAGAAUAAGAGUGAAGACAUCAAAACGAUGAAAUAACGCAUAUGGAAUCAUGUAGUAACCAAAAAAGUGUUAAACAAAAAUAAAAUGUAUUUUAUAUUUGAGAUUCUUCAAAUAGCCACCCUUUGCCUUGAUGACAGCUUUGCACCCCCCCCUUUUACUUUUUUUACUUUAGUUUAUUUAGUAAAUCUUUUCUUAAAACUGCAUUGUUGGUUAAGGGCUUGUAAUUAAGCAUUUCACGGUAAGGUCUACACCUGUUGUAUUCGGCACAUGUGAGGAAUAAAAUGUGAUUUGAUUUGAUUUGAUAUCAGGAAAUCAGUCAAUUUAAAUAAAUUAUUUAGGCCCUAAUCUAUGGAUUUCACAUGACUGGGCAGGGGUGCAGCCAUUGGUGGGCCUGGGAGGGCAUAGGCCCACCCACUUGGGAGCCAGGCCCACCCACUGGGGAGCCAGGCCCAGCCAAUCAGAAUGUGUUUUUCCCCACAAAAGGGCUUUAUUACAUACAGAAAUACUCCUCAGUUUCAUCAGCUGUCCGGGUGGCUGGUCUCAGACGAUCCUGCAGGUAAAGAAGCCGGAUGUGGAGGUCCUGGGCUGGAGUGGUUACACGUGGUCUGCGGUUGUGAGACCGGUUGGACGUACUGCCAAAGGCGGCUUAUAGUAGAGAAAUGAACAUUACAUUCUCUGGCAACAACUCUGGUGGACAUUCCUGGAGUCAGCAUGCCAAUUUCACACUCCCUCAAAACUUGAGACAUCUGUGGCAUUGUGUUGUGUGACAAAACGGCACAUUUUAGAGUGGCCUUUUAUUGGCCCCAGCACAAGGUGCACUUGUGUAAUGAUCAUGCUGUUUAAUCAGCUUCUUGAUAUGCCACACCUGUCAGGUGGAUGGAUUAUAUUGGCAAAGGAGAAAUGCUCUCUAACAUGGAUGUAAACACAUUUGUGCACAACAUUUGAGAGAAAUAAGCUUUUUGUGCGUAUGUAAAAUUUCUGGGAUCUUUUAUUUCAGCGCAUGAAACAUGGGACCAACACUUUACAUGUUGCGUUUAUAUUUUUGUUCAGUGUAUAUAUACACUGAGUGAAAAAAACAUUAUAAACACCUGCUCUUUCUAUGACAUAGACUGACCAGGUGAAUCCAGGUGAAAGCUAUGAUCCCUUAUUGAUGUCACUUGUUAAAUCCACUUCAAUCAGUGUAGAUGAAGGGGAGGAGACAUGUUAAAGAAAGAUUUAUGUGUGUGUGCCUGUAUGUAUGUUGCUGAUCUAUGUGUAUUUCUAUGCCACAGUGCACGAUGAGUUCCGCACGGCCUCCGUUGAGGGGCCGUUCCACGGCGUGGACCUGGAGGACUGCGGCUACAACAUCCCGCAGACGGACGAGUCCACCCUCAUGACCAUUGCCUACAUCAUGGCGGGCAUCUGUGCCCUCUUCAUGCUGCCACUGUGCCUCAUGGUGUGCCAGUGGCGCUUCUCCCGCUGCCUCCGCCCACCUGGAGCUGGGGACUUGGCUGAUGAUAUCUCACUCCUCAAAUGAUAGAGAGGCAUGGACAUACAGUACACAGGAGAGGCAAGCCUACCAGAAAUGGAAAUGGAGGCUUUUCUUAUUGUUGUUGAGGGCACAUCAGCCUCAUUGAGUAAUGCAGAAACAGAUUAACAUGUAGGAUGGUGUUGGUUGUGG